AUGAAAAACGAAGUACGAGUUUUUGAGCUGGCUUCUCAAACUUGAGUGAAAAUUUAGUAGGAUUAUUUCUGAAGAAUAGGUAAUUAGAAGGCGUGAUGGAGGUAGCUAAAAGGUCUGGUGGAGGAUACCCUCCCAAGACUGUUUAUGGUAUCAAUUGUGCCCUCAAGCAUUAUUUGGAGGAGAAAAAAGGAUCCGAAGCUUUGAAUCCUCUGGACACUAGUGACAAAAGGUUUGUCCUGUUCCGACGUUGCUUAGAUGCUGAGAUGAAGGAUGGCGUUCGAGAAGGGCUUCAUAUUAAGUGCAAGAAGGAGGUGAAGGAGUCUGUGAGCGAGCAAGAAGAAGCAACAUUCUGGGAGAAGGAAUUGCUGGGAACACGAUCUAUUUCUACAACGAAUCUACUGCUUUUAAGGAUGCUGUUUUCCAGAAAGGAAAUUAAAAAACUGUACAAUUAAUGUAAUGGUGUCUAAGAAAGGAUAAUAUCUUGCCAUAUUGUUGUUGUAAGUAAUGAUUGAAGCAGCAAAUAUACUGUAUUUAGUAUUAAGACUGAUUAAAAUUCAAGUUUCUUGAUCAGUGUCUUGAUCAGUUUUUGAACUAAUCGAAUGUGUCUUGAUUGGUAUGUUCAUUGGGUAUCAGAAUACAUGCACCUGACCCAAUUGAUGCAAGCUGAUUGGGUCAUCAGCACAUGAAUAAUUAAUGAAUUUGAGAA